AUGUCGUACGCUCUAAAGGUCGCUUGCAGAACGGUCCAAAGGCACGCCUUUGUUGAAGAAUAUCAAAGUCUAAGCAAGGGCACACCUAUCAACGCAUCUAGCAAACUCCUUACCAUGUCUCCCUUCCUAGACGAGGACGGACUGCUACGAGUGGGUGGAAGACUAAAAAAUUCCGAGCUAAGCGCCGAUGCGCGCCAUCCCAUUCUUCUCCCAGCCAAACACGAGUUAACAAAGCGCCUAAUUCUCCGCGAGCAUAUACGCAAUAAGCAUGCAGAAACUCAAACCACUAUGGCUUUUGUAAGGCAACAAUUUUGGCCUCUUUCCUUGCGCUCUACCACGCGAAAAAUCACUCGAAAUUGCGUAGCGUGUUUUAAGGCUAAACCAGCGCAAUCAGAAGCAAUUAUGGGUUCAUUGCCCAGUGGUCGCGUUACAAUCUCCAAACCGUCUUCACACUGCGGCGUCGAUUACGCCGGUCCGGUAAACCUGAAAGAGGGCAAGCGCCGUAAUGCCCGCAUUUGUAAGGCUUAUAUCUCAAUAUUCGUCUGCUUCGCCACGAAGGCAGUCCACAUAGAGCUAGUAAGCGACCUCACCUCGGAUGCCUUUUUAGCCACGUUGCGAAGAUUUAUAUCGCGAAGAGGGAGGCCAGUCAAUAUUUACUCCGAUAACGGAACGACCUUCGUUGGUGCAAAUAAGCAAAUAAAGGAACUCUAUGAUUUUGUCGCCAGCGAGCAAGUUCAGACAAACGUUAAGGAUUUCCUUCGCGACCAAGAAACGUCAUGGUCAUUCAUACCGCCCAACGCGCCUCACUUCGGGGGUUUGUGGGAGGCAGCCGUAAAAUCUGCUAAGUAUCACUUGUCUCGUAUCGUUGGCCAGGCUCAUUUAACAUUUGAGGAAAUGACGACCGUGCUUUGCGAAAUAGAGGCAAUUCUAAACUCGCGGCCUCUCACUCAAUUAAGUAAUGAUCCGAAUGAUCUGACCCCCCUCACACCGGGUCACUUUCUGGUCGGUACUCCGUUCAACAGUAUCCCUUCUCCCGAUUUAACCGAUGUAAGCGAGAAUAGAUUAACACGUUGGCAAUUAGUUCAGCAGCUCCAACAGCAUUUCUGGAGAAAGUGGAGCACGGAAUACUUGAGCUCCCUUCAGGAACGUUCUAAAUGGAAGAAGAACCUGGGAGCAGCAUUGGAACCAGGACGACUCGUGCUGAUUAAGCAACAGGGCUUAGCGCCCCAUUUGAGUCUUUUGGUUACGCAAUCGUCAAUGUAG